AUGUCACCACUACAUCUACUCCGACUGCCACUCCUUCCUCUACAACACAUUAUUCAAACUUGGAAUAUCUAUGAAAUAUGUCAAUUUGCAAAAGUCUCCAAACGAACAAAAAACUUGGUAAAGUUAGCUGUUAAAAAAACAGCGUAUAUCAUUUUGAACAAUCUAGAGAAUUUUCAAAUUGAAACGACAAUCUCUGAAAGUGGUAGCAUGUCCCUAUGGGAUACUUGGCUGUUUAAGAUGAAAGAUGUCUCAGAAAGUGAUAACACGGAAUCAGAGGCAUAUAAUGAGAAUAAUCGGACACACACCUUCACUUUAGUUUCUGAGAAUCCUCUGCUUCGUUUUCUUGAGACUCUCAAAUUUCUCUUCGAAGUGUUUGAUUGUUCUAUUCACUGGGUCUACUGGAACAGCUGGAAAACUGAAGAUAUGCGACAAGUCAUCUAUUGGAUGAAUGGAUGUGAUAAACUGACAAAAGUAGAAAAUGUUCGGUUCUGUUUGAACGUCAAUAAUCAAAUGACACUUGCUUUGUUCCUGGGAACAUUUCAGAAGAAACUUGGACGGUUAUUCCUGCAUGGUGCUGUACCACCGCAAGGCAACACAGAUAUAACUCCACUCAAUUUUUCAAUAGAAAUGGAGAGAUUCAGUAAUUUUGGUAGCGCUAGAUGGGCCAAUUUACCUAUUUUAAUGUCUAUGAACACGUGCAAAAGUGUUGAUCUUGGAGUAUCACUCCUAUCUAAUCAAGAUCUGAAUGUAUUCCUUAGAAAUUGGAAGGAAGGGAAAUCAAAUUCGAUUCUAGAAGUUCUUCACGUCUAUGUACCAGAUCAAGAAGAUUGGAAGACAGUCUUGAAUGGAUUGGGAGCAGUUGUACGACAUCCAACACAAGUGACUAGAUGCUUGAAACAAUAUCAUUGGUACUAUGGUGGUGUGGAUAUUCAACGAGUCGAUGGGAAGAUUGGAACAGUUAUGUGGACACAUUAUUUUGGGUAUAAUGAAAAAGAGGAGAUUCCCAAAAACAUUAUUGAAGCAUUCGAGAAAACAAAACAAGAAUGGGUUGGGACUGAUAGUGACGUGGUUUUCGAGGAGAGAGGAAACGAGAUUCAAGUCUCAGACGAGGAGAAAAUAAUUGAACAACACCUUCCGGAGAACUGUUUCAACUUUACUUUCGUUGUCUGGAAGUAA